GGAACCUCUGAUUCAAUUGUCCCAAUUCGCUUCUUGUCGUUGUCUUCUCGUUGUUAUUGUGUUACUGCUGUGCUGUUGAGUGACAUCGGUUGAUUGUCCAUCGGAGAAUUAGCCUUUUGUUUUGCUUAUCUGGGCUGCAGCAAAAGCUUCAUUUCUUGCAGGAGAUACCCACUAAGGAUUUGGUGCAUUUUCUUUUCUCUUUUCUCCCCCUCUCACUUCUUUCUCAAUUGCUAAGCAUCGAAUACGGUCUCAACCAUGGAGCAACAACUAGACAGACUGCUCGAGAAAACCUGGGCAAAACUACGCACCACCCCUGAUACCUCCCGGUUAAUGAUCGCAGUCAGCGGUAUCCCAGGCUCAGGCAAAACCGGUCUCGCCAGCAUGAUGGCCAACCGCAUCAACCAGCUGUACUCCGCCGAAAACCCAGGGUCACCACUCAUCGCCACAGCCAUCCCCAUGGACGGGUAUCAUUUGACACGAGCACAACUGGCGCAGAUGCCAGACCCCGCGUUCGCCGCAGCUCGGCGGGGUGCCGCUUUCACGUUUGACGGGGAGAAAUUUUUGAGGCUGGUCCAAGCUCUCCGGCAACCGCUGACCGCGGCGAGUCAGAACUUAUAUGCGCCGAGUUUCGAUCAUGCUGUGAAGGAUCCGGUGGAGAAUGAUAUUGUGAUUCCGCCUACGAGCAGGGCGAUUUUCUUUGAGGGAAAUUAUCUCAGUUUGGAUAAGGAGCCGUGGAAUGAGGCUGCGAAGCUCAUGGAUGAACUAUGGUUCGUGGACGUGGACUUUGAGACGGCGAGGAAGCGCUUGAUUCGGAGACAUGUGCAGGCGGGUAUAGCGAAGGACGAGGCCGAUGCUGAUAAACGGGCGAGAGAGAAUGAUCUGGUCAACGGUAAAGAAAUUGUGGAUUGUCGGAUGCGGGUGCAGGAAAUCAUUGCCAGCCAUUAUGAUCCCAGGUGGGACUCGUGAGGGAUCUACCCCGGUGCAUUGGAAUUGAGU